GACGAGGGUGGCCUGUUCCUUUAAGAGGAAGAUACCAAGUGCUGUCUUGUUUAUACAUUCUCCCUGGGUUCUCUGAUGCUAAAAAGCGGGCAGAAUAGAUCAGAGAGAAGAGAAUAGAGUAGACUUUCCCCUCGGGCGAGGGAAUCCCCAACAGAAAGAGGCCGAGGAGUGGCUACAUGGGAGCCCGGCCUGAUUUGUCCCCCCGCCCGGAGAUGGUCUAGUCCCAAGAUGGCCGCCACCAUGAAGAAGGCGGCUGCAGAAGAUGUCAAUGUUACUUUUGAAGACCAACAAAAGAUUAACAAAUUUGCACGGAAUACUAGUAGAAUCACAGAACUGAAGGAAGAAAUAGACAUUAAAAAGAAACAGCUUCAAAAUUUAGAGGAUGCUUGCGAUGAUAUAAUGAUGAUGGAUGAAGAUUCUUUAAUGAUUCCCUAUCAAAUUGGUGAUGUUUUUAUUAGCCACUCUCAAGAUGAAACUCAAGAAAUGUUGGAAGAAGCUAAGAAAAAUUUGCAAGAUGAAAUUGAUGCAUUAGAAUCCAGAGUUGAAUCAAUCCAACGGGUGUUAGCCGAUUUGAAAGUUCAAUUAUAUGCAAAAUUUGGGAGCAACAUAAACCUUGAAGCAGAUGACAGUUAAAAGUUUUCUAAAUAUAAAUUUUUUAUUUGUUUAAUAAACUUGAAUAUUGGUAACAAUGAUUUCCAUUCUUCAUAUGAUGUUGAAAUCAAAUCAACAUUUUUUCUUUUAAAAAAUUUCACUUUUAUUUAAUGAAAACUUGCCUAUUUUCA